UUGAGCAAGACCAGGGAUGCGCUCCUCUGGACCCAGCUGCGCACUGAUGGGGACGGGUUCUGGGAACUUUAGAUGAAGGAAGCGAAAGGGGGCGUGGGCAACGAGAACCGCCACACUGGCCUCUGGACCUUCUGGCCUGGCUCCCCUCUCCCGAAUGACACCGGCAGGACUCUGGUCGCGUAGGUGACCCCCACUCGGGAUCUCCAGGAUUUCGUGUUUUCCAACUCUGGGCAUUGCUGCGCAAGGAGUUCCAGACGCAGCUUCAGCACCAGGCGUAGGCUCAGCCACAUCCCCGACCCCAGCCGGUAGGACGUGCCCCUCGGUGCCAGCCCGGCGUUGGCCCCGGUCCCAGCCACCCCGGUAGCCCCAGCGUUGGUCCAAACAUGUCUAUGCAGUAUGAAAAGUUCCAGCAUUCGGAGACAGAGAAGCAAAGCCAGGGGUCUAGAAACGGGCCGCCUCCGCCUCUCCACCACCUGCAGGGGCUCUGCUCUGGCCCCCGGCCCUUCCUGCUCUCCCUGGGCAUCAGCCUCCUCCUGCUGGUUGGCAUCUGUGUGAUCGGAUCCCAGAAUUCCAAGUGUCAGAGGGACCUGGUGACCCUGGGAGCCACUUUCAGCAACUUCACCUCAAGCACUGUGGCCGAGCUCCAGGCCCUGAACGCCCAGGGCGGCAGUUUGCAAGAAACGACAACGUCUCUGAAAGCCGAGGUGGAAAAUCACAAGCGGGAGCUGCAAGCAGCCCGCAGCCUGAACGACAAGGUGUUCGCCCUGGAGAGCAAGCUGGAGAAGGACCAGCGGCAGCUGCAAGCAGAUCAUUCCGAUACCCUCGCUCGAGUCCAGCAGCUGGCCAAGGACCUGAGGACCCUGACCUGCCAGGUGGCCGCUCUCAAGAGCAACGGCUCUCAAAGUACCUGCUGCCCGGUCAACUGGCUGGAGUUCGAGGGCAGCUGCUACUGGUUCUCGCGGGCCGGGAAGACCUGGCCGGAGGCCGAGAAGCACUGCCGGCUGGCGAACGCGCACCUGGUGGUCGUCAACUCCAGGGAGGAGGAGAACUUUGUGCAGGAACAUAUAGGCUCCUUACACGUCUGGAUGGGCCUCAGUGAUGCCGAAGGAGUCUGGAAAUGGGUGGAUGGGACGGACUAUGCGACCAACUUCAAGAACUGGAGGCCGGGCCAGCCGGACGACUGGCAUGGGCACGGGCUGGGCGGGGGCGAGGACUGUGCCCACUUCCACCCCGACGGCUGGAACGAUGAUGUCUGCCAGAGACCCUACCGCUGGGUGUGCGAGGCCCGCCUGGGCAUGGCCGGCUAGCGCGGUGGCCGAGCGCUGCCCGCGGGCCACCCGGCCACCAAGCUGCAGGGAGUGGGAGGGGGCCUUCCCCUGAGACCCCUGAUAGGACCCCAUGGGACAGGACUGAGCCCUGGGAGUUUGGGUCACUGCCACCAUUUUGAAUGUUACCCUCCUUGGUGUUCAAAAGACCAUCUAGACUUCCUUCA